CUAUUCAGAAAAUGCUGAAUGCAUCGGCCCUGCAAGCCUUCGAGGUGGCAGUGCCGGCGAAUGCUCAAAAAGCCAGUGACCAAAGUCUACCCGACCUGCUCAGAUGUUACCAGAAACUCUCCACCAGGGAGUGGCUCCACACGUUAUCGGACCAAGCAUCUGAAUACAGGAAUUGGAAGGUCUGCUCCAUCACGUGGAUCAAGGCGCUCGCCUCUCCCUUCUCUCAUGAGUUUCUUCAAUUCAUUGCCGAGGACGCCGUGACCGGUCGACGCAGUCGCAUUGCUGCUGGUCGCGAAGAGAACGGGGAUUGGGUCCUGGUAGGCUGGGAUUGGGCUUCUGGGCAGACGCCUUCGGAUCAUUACAAAUUGCCGCUCCCUUUGCUCAGCCUGGAAUUCGACGAUCCGCAAAGACGGCCCAACAUGUAUGACCUGUCUCAGGUUCUAGCCGCGAUAACCGAACGACAGCCUUACUACAGGUUCCGGAGAGAGAUGUGUUGGUGGUACGCCGAGACUGCGCUGGAUGAUAUGAAGACAAAGUAUGGUGGCUCGAUCAAGGAAUGGCAAUGGUCCAGAUAUAGGUAUUCUUUCAUUGUCAAGACGAGCUUGAUUCGACGGAAGGUUCUGACAAAACAUGCUGAGGCUUUCAAGACGCAAUUGGCGGAGGAGCUGAAUUACUGAGGUGCACAUAUACCUGACAUCGUACCGUAUUUGAGUAAAAAUCCAG